AUGGUGGUGGCAGGACCCUGGGCGGCCCUGUCCCUGCAGCCGUGCGACAGCAACCCGGCCACCCCUAGGGCACAGUCCCUGAAGGAUGACAAUGAAGACAAUUCAAAUGACAGGACCCAGCCAUGGAAAAGGAGGUGGAUGCGCUCUGGAGACAGCUCCUGGAGCUUCGAGACCUCCAGCCAGGACCUCGGCUUUAGCUACUACCCAGCAGAAAACUUGAUCGAGUACAAAUGGCCGCCCGAUGAGACGGGGGAGUACUGCAUGCUUCAGGAGCAGGUCAGCGAGUACCUGGGGGUGACCUCCUUCAAACGGAAGUACCCAGAGUGACGAGAUUUGUCUCAUAAGGAGAAACUCUACCUGCGAGAGCUGAACGUCAUCACGGAGACGCAGUGCACCCUAGGUUUAACAGCAUUACGCAGUGAUGAAGUGAUUGAUUUAAUGAUUAAAGAAUAUCCAGCAAAAUAUGCUGAGUAUUCAGUUAUUCUGCAAGAGAAAGAACGCCAGCGCAUCAUGGACCACUACAAAGAGUACUCGCAAAUGCAGCAGCAGAAUAGGCAGAAAGUGAAAGCCAGCAAAGUGCCCGAGUUUAUCAGGAAAGCUGCCAAGGAAGCAGCGGAGUUCAACAGCAGCCUGAACCAGAAGCUCAUGGAAGAGAGGAGGGCAUACUUCGACUUACAGACACACGUCAUCCAGGUGUCUCAAGGGAAGUACAAGGUGUUACCAACAGAGUGGACCAAGGUCAGCUCCUACCCCGUGGCCCUCAUCCCUGGACAGUUUCAGGAAUAUUACAAAAGGUACUCGCCGGAUGAACUGCGCUACUUGCUAUUGAACACGGCUCUUUAUGAGCUGCCACUGGAUCCCGAGAUGACUGCGCUCGACAGCGAGGGCGACUUGGACGAUGCCGAGGACAGGCGUGGGGACGAGAAGAGGAGGAACAAGGGCACUUCUCCAAAGGUCAUUCCCAAUGCUCUAUGUGGAGUUUGCCUGAAGGGUAAGGAGUCCAACAAGAAAGGGAAGGCUGAACCUCUUAUACACUGCUCCCAGUGUGAGAACAGCGGCCAUCCUUCUUGCCUGGAUAUGACCAUGGAGCUUGUUUCUAUGAUUAAGACCUACCCAUGGCAGUGCAUGGAAUAUAAAACUUGCAUUGUGUGUGCACAGCCCCACCAUGAAGAGGAAAUGAUGUUCUGUGAUGUGUGUGACAGAGGCUACCACACGUUCUGUGUGGGCCUCAGUGCUUUCCCAUCAGGUCGCUGGAUUUGUGACUGUUGUCAGCCCUCCCCAACACCCAGGAAAGUGGGCAGAAGGGGGAAAAACAGCAAAGAGGGAUAAAAUAGUUUCUUGACCCCAAUACUGUAAUAUGCAUUUAAGUGAAUUAUUUGGUGCCAACUUAUUUCCAAUUCUUAUUUUUAU